AGUACCAGUCGUGUCUCGGAUUAAAAGGACUUGUCUGCUAUACACACACACACACCUGUUUGGAGAAAGGAAAACUCUCAGACAGCACAGGACUCUUGUUAUCCUUCAAAGCUCUAAGAGCUGACAUACUCAUCUGACAGCACAAUAAAAUCAGGAUAAAAUGAAGAUUCUUGCUUUCCUGCCAGCACUAUUAUUCCUGUUAAUCCAGAGUGUUCCUGUUGCUCCCGUCACAGUCACCACCUCCAGCCCCAUCGUAAAGGUGGAGGAAUACUCAGAGGCCAAGCUUUCCUGUGAGUUUAAGACAGAGAAAGAUCAGAAUCCUCGCAUUGAGUGGAAGAAAAAAGAUACUGGCACCUCCUUUGUCUACUUUAAUGGCACCUUCAUAGGAUCUUUUGUGGGACGUGCAAAUAUUGAAGGGGCAACAAUAACAUUACAGAAGGUGUCACUGAAGGAUGCUGGAGAAUAUCGCUGUGAGAUCAGCGCAUCUGGUGACAAAGUCCAGCUGGGAGAGACCAGUAUCACUCUAAAAGUGUUAGUACCUCCACAUGUCCCAUCCUGUGAGAUCCCGAGCUCUGCGCUGACUGGAUCUUUGGUGAUGCUGCGCUGUAAGGACCAGUACAGUAUUCCUCCUGCAAACUACACCUGGUACAAAGACAAGAAGCCUGUCUUUCCAUCGCGCCAUGCCAAUGCCACUUAUUCUGUCAACAAGAAGACCGGAAUUCUUACAUUUCAUACAGUUACCAUAGCCGACGCAGGACUGUACCACUGCGAGGCCAACAAUGGGGUUGGAAAGUCAAAGAGCUGCGUAGGAAAUCACAUGACAGUUGAUGAUCUAAAUGUCCCAGGGAUCGUAGCUGGGAUUGUAAUUUUGUGCCUGAUUAUAUGUUUAUGCACCCUUGGAGUCUGUUAUGCCCACCGACAAGGCUACUUUAACCGACACAGAGGAAGGUCAUUCUGGAUCCAACAGUGUCAUGGAGUGGCUCACAUCAGCAGCCAGAACCUCAACAGAUCAGAGGACAUCCCCCAUGCUGGUUAUGGACCUCCUUCACAAAAUGUUCAAGACUUCAAACACACACAGUCAUUUAUGCUGUAAACCUUCCUCAAAUCAAAAACACCCAUUCAGCAUUUACACACCCUGGAACUGGAGACUGGUGCUUACUCUCACUGUUACUGUGGACGUGAACGGGACACGAAAUCAGAAUUUAUCUUUCAUGUAUGACUGCUAUGGGGAUAUCUAUCCUCUAAAAAAAAAGACUUGGGGUGGUAGUGCUGUGUGGAACUCAAUGAAACUGUAUUAAACCAUUGCCUUACUGUGUUCUUUGCCUACUUCUGCCCUCUGGUGGAUACACUAUGCACACAAACAUAAUCAUAGCUGAAAUGUGCAACACUUUGGAGUUAAGGGUGAGCCUCUUUAAAUCAUAUUCGUAUAAAGCCCAUGUUAUUACAGAGUUUACAACUUGAUGUUCCCUGCAUCUCCCUGUGCCUUGCUAAAGGAAUAUUACCAAGAAUUGAACUUUUUCGAAUGCCUCCCAUGAGUGAAACGACCUUUUAUUGUAUGUAAUUAAGACUGUAUUUGGAACUGUGCUUUUUCAUUUUAACUGUACAGUAUGUGUUUUGGUUGAAAUGCAUGAAUGACUUGCUGUAUAUUUUG